UUGGUAAGACUGCAGGUGUGCCGCUGGUUUUAAUAUUCAGUUAAUUUAGUUGAACCUGAUUUGCUGGCUGAUCUGGAGGACUUUAGUUAGUUAAGGUUUAUAGUUACCAGGGGGAUCUCAGCUUUAAACCUACAGAAACUGGAGAACAGGUGCUAGGGGAAGAAGGCUGUGUUUGUCAUCUUCACCAAGACAUUAAGAUGGAAAGCCCAAAGAUAGCUAAUCUUCUGGCCCUAAUGGAUAAAACAGGUUACGGUAUGGUUCAAGAAAAUGGUCAACGGAAAUUUGGGGGUCCACCACCAGACUGGGAAGGUCCCCCUCCUCCGAGAGGCUGUGAGAUUUUUGUGGGGAAAAUUCCCAGGGACAUGUAUGAAGACGAGCUGGUGCCUUUGUUUGAACGUGCAGGUUGUAUCUAUGAGUUCCGCUUGAUGAUGGAGUUUAGCGGGGAAAACCGUGGCUAUGCCUUUGUCAGGUACACCACUCCAGAAGCUGCGCAGCAAGCCAUUUAUCUGCUUGACCACUAUGAGAUCCGUCCCGGGAAGUUUAUAGGAGUGUGUGUGAGUCUAAACAACUGUCGGCUCUUCAUUGGGUCCAUUCCAAAAGACAUGAAGAAGGAGGAGAUACAAGAGGAAAUGAUGAAGGUAACAGACGGUGUGGUGGAUGUUAUAGUGUACCCCAGCGCAGCAGACAAAAGUAUGAACCGUGGUUUUGCUUUUGUGGAGUAUGAAUCACACAAAGCUGCUGCCAUGGCCCGCAGGAAACUUGUACCAGGAACGUUCCAGAUGUGGGGCCACACUAUUCAGGUUGACUGGGCUGAACCAGAGCGGAAUGUAGAUGAUGAGAUAAUGCAGAAGGUGCGAGUUCUGUAUGUGCGCAAUCUUAUGUUGCAUACGACGGAGGAAACACUCUGCAGUGAGUUCUCUCGUCUAAAGCCUGGCUCUGUGGAGCGCGUUAAGAAGCUGUCAGACUACGCCUUCAUCCACUUCCACAGCCGGGAAGACGCACUCGCCGCAAAACAGUUCAUGAAUGGCAAACUCAUUGAUGGCUCACAAAUUGAAGUCACCCUUGCCAAGCCGAGCAGCAAAGACCGGAAUCGAAGAUUUAAUACACGAGCCAGUCGUAAUGGAAUUGCAGGUGAAGAGUUUUAUAAUGACUCCGGCUUCUUUUCACAGAGUGAGGAUUCUGGAAUCAGUCUGGCAUCAGAUACAGGGGCUGUGGGUGACGGGUUAUGUGCACAUCCUCUCCAUCAGCCACCUCACUUUGGAAAUGGGAAUCCAUACGCUGUUGAUAUAGAGCACUGUAUGUAUCCAUUACUGCCAGGGUCUCCUCUGGUACCCGUUGCCCUGCAGAGUCUCAAACCCAGCCAGCUGAACUCUGCUGCAUCAUUGCUGGAAUAUCUCUGUCAAAAGAAUGGCUGGUCCCUGCCAGAGUAUUACCUGUACUCCACAGUAUGGCAUGAAGGAAAAAUACUGCUCAUCUAUGAAGUAUUCAUCAGCAGCACCAGAAGCAGAUACAUGCCUGAUAAAGGAUGUACCAUUCUGGAGGAUGCCAAAGAGCUUGCAGCACAGAAUGCACUCUGGAGGCUUGAUGCGUCAUUCCAUGAUGUUUCCCCUUGGAGUUUUUCUCCUCCUGCAUCACCUGGUUUGUUGUCAUUUCCAUUUCGUCCUCUGCCAUGUCCUGGAUACUCCAUCGCCCCCAUCUCACCUCCGCUACCCCUCCAUGGUGCCAGUGGUCAGAGGCUCUACAUCCCUAACCAGUCAUCAUUCUUCUGAUGAACCCAUGUUGCCAAAAGCAAAGCAAGUUCGGUUAUGUUAAGAAUUGCUGUUGCAGAUGUAUUUAAGAUUAAUUAGAUUUUAACUUCUCCUUUUUAAAAUGUUUAUAUAUAUAUAUAU